UCCCCCCCGCUCAAUUUCAGGAAAAACAGAGUUGAUGAACAAAUUUGCCUAUUUCUCUCUCUAACUUCACCUACACUAAUUCCUUUCUUCCUUUGCUUGACUAUCGCUUUUCCGUUACCCAAUCUUCUCCACUUUCCAAAAAAGGGAAUUUUUUUCACACUUAAAAAAGUUUCUUACAACAUUUUCUUGUCUCGUUUUCCAAUGGGUUUUGUUUGAAAAGGAACUUUUUUUGAUUUUGAUUUUGUGUUGUUGAUCAAGAUUGACGAAUGUUAUUUGUAAUUAUACCAUGACGACGAAUCGCAGCGCUGAUGCUUCUAAGGUUGAAGGGGUUAAUCAACCCCCUCCACCACCUGGGGCUAAUGAUCAAGUUCGUGGUGGAAAUAAGGUCUACAGAAGUGGUAACCUGUUUUUAUCAUCAAAAGGAAUUGGAUGGACAUCAUGGAAGAAGAGGUGGUUCAUUCUAACUCGUACCUCAUUGGUCUUCUACAGAACUGAUCCUAAUGCUACUCCUCAAAAGGGAAGUGAAGUGAAUUUAACCCUGGGUGGUAUUGAUCUCAACAGUUCAGGCAGUGUGGUUGUCAAAGAAGACAAGAAACUGUUGACUGUGCUAUUUCCUGAUGGUCGUGAUGGACGAGCUUUCACACUCAAGGCGGAAACAUCAGAGGAUUUGCUCGAGUGGAAAACUGCACUUGAGGAAGCUUUGGCAAAUGCACCUAGUGCCGCCCUUGUAAUGGGCCAAAAUGGAAUAUUUAGGAAUGAUCAGGCCAAUGCUGUUGAUGUUUCGCUUGAGCAAUCUAAUGAUAGACAGCCUGUGAAGUCCAUGGUAAUUGGCCGGCCGGUUUUACUUGCUCUGGAAGAUAUUGAUGGAACUCCAUCUUUCUUGGAGAAAGCCCUGAGAUUUGUAGAAGAGCAUGGGAUUAAAACUGAAGGCAUCCUGCGGCAAGCAGCAGAUGUUGAUGAUGUUGAACAACGAAUACGGGAAUAUGAACAGGGUAAAACUGACUUUUCUACAGAUGAGGAUGCACAUGUUAUUGCUGAUUGUGUGAAGUAUAUUCUGCGGGAGUUGCCAUCAUCUCCAGUUCCUGCAUCUUGCUGCAAUGCCCUUUUGGAAGCAUUUAGAACUGAGCGGGGCAUUAGAGUCAAUGCUAUGCAUACGGCUAUAUUGGAGACAUUUCCAGAACCAAACCGUCGUUUGCUGCAGAGGAUUCUUAUGAUGAUGCAAACUGUGGUUUCCAAUAAAACUCAAAAUAGAAUGAGCACGUCAGCAGUGGCAGCUUGCAUGGCACCUUUACUUCUUCGCCCACUUCUAGCUGGAGACUGUGAGCUAGGAAAUGACUUUGCUUUGAGUGGUGAUAGCUCUGUUCAACUUCUGCAGGCAGCUGCUGCAGCUAACCAUGCUCAAGCCAUUGUCAUCACAUUGCUAGAGGAGUAUGAUAAAUUAUUUGGGGAAGGCUCCGUAUCGCCGGAACUAUACUCUGACUCAGAUGGUAGUGGAACCGAGAGUGGAGAAGAAUUUACUGAUGAUGAUUACAGCUAUGAUGAAGAAGAUGAAGAUGAUGACGAGGAUGCAGAAGAGGGCUCUCACGCUGAUGUUGAUGAUUCUGAUCAUGAUUCCGGUGCAACAACCCAUGAAGUUGGUGAAAGUGAAGAUAGUAAUAAGAGCUCUCAAGUUUCUAAAACUAGUUUAAAGACUACUGAAGUGGACGUCGUCAAAGCUACUGGGAGCUCACCGAGAAGUCUACCUCAAACUUCCAUUCAGAAUGAUGUCAAUGAAGGGAGCGAGAGUGUUCCACCUCCAAGUCGUGAAAAUUCGAGAGCACAAGGAAAUGAAUCUGGUGAACAAGUAGGAACUGGACAGAUUGAAACAUCUACUUCUCAAAAGUCAACGAAUAUGUUAAAUGGACCUCGCAGUGUUCGGCGACCUGCUAUCUGGGGGCGUACUCCUGCCAGGAAGAACCUCUCCAUGGAAUCAAUUGACAUACCCUUUGAUGAAGAAGAUGAAAUCCAGAGGCUUGAGGCUAUUAAAGCUGACUUGCAAACUAGGAUUGAAGAGGAGGCCAAAGGUAAUGCCCUUUUGCAAGAAAGUUUGGAGAAACGAAAGGACGCUUUGCAUGUGCGUCGUCUAGCUCUUGAGAAAGAUGUAAAAAGGCUUCAGGAGCAACUACAGAGGGAGAGGGAGUUAAGGGUACUUCUGGAAUCUGGACUUGAAGGCAAAUUACCCGCCUCUUCCAGUAUAGAUGGGAUGAUGAAGGAAGAAUUUCAGGAGAUUGCUCAGGCAGAGGCAGAUGUCAACAAUCUGAAACAGAGGGCUGAUGAUCUUGGAUUGCAUCUUCGUAAACAACAUGAACAAAAUUCCAGACUUAGUGCUGACUCGGGCAAUCAACCACAGCAAAGUCUAAAUAAUCACGGAAAAAGCAAGGAUAAACAUAAGGAUAUGGAGGUAGAUUCAUCACAAAGUAAGCAGGCAGAUUCAUCACAUAGUAAGCAGGCAGAUUCAUCACAAAGUGCCAACUCUUAUGUGGAAGCGGAGAUGAGCAGGGUCGCUUCAGUUGGUAUUAGAAAAUCUACUUCUAGGAAUGAGGCAAGUUUUAUGGUUUAUCUGGAAGUUUAAGCUUCUAUUCUCUUUUUCCUGUUGGCAUAAUCGACAAAAGCUGUCAGGUUGAGGCAAAUUAUUGAAAUUUUCAUAGUUUAAGAUGGAUUCGGCAAGGAAUAUGAACAGCUUGCCUAUGCUUUUCUACCCUCUUCUCCAUAUCAACUAGAUCAAGCUUCUACUUGUUUAUGCUGCCUUGCUCAGACACUUUUAAGAUCAUUGAACAUGUUUUUUUGGCUGAGAGGGAGUGAAAAAGGAUUAUGUCGAAAGAGAUUCACCUGUUAAUUGUGCAUUUGACAACAGAUCUUUUAGCACAUAAGAUCAGUAUUUGGCAUAAAUCAUGUAUACCAAUUGUAUAGAGGCUGUUCAAUCCUAUAUUCUUUUACCUUUUUUUUUUGUUGAAAGAGCUUUUAAUCCUAUAUAUAUCUUUAGGGUCUGCGAAAUGUAAUAGGCAUCUUUGAUUGUCAGGGAGCCAAUACUACAACAUCAGCGUUAUCAAAGCUGACAAACAGGCUCAACUUCUUGAAAGAACGUCGGACCCAAAUUGCAAGUGAAGUCCAAGACCUAGACAAAAGUCAGUCUGAUCAGCCUGUCAAAAACAAUGGAAAAGAUCAAGCAUCUCAAAGUCAAACAUCAGAAAAGAAUGGACCAGAUGAUGGUCAAUCACUUCAGCAUCCAGAUCAAGGAACAACACAGGAAGUCCAUCCACAUUUGGACAUAGGAAAAUCAGAUAGCCUCCCAAAUACGGAGAAAGGUCGAGCUGUAAUCCCUCCAAGGACAAACUCUAGAUGAUGCAUAGUCAUUUUUUGACUUACCUAGUUUGCUGUAUGUCACACAACUUCUCAGAUAUAUGUUAGACUGCGAGUGGAAGAUGGUGAACAUGCUUGUCGUAUAGGACCUUGAUUGGUGCCUCGAGAAUUGGUUGUUGAUGCCAAUCUUGGCUAGCUGAAAUUCCAUGGUGCCCAAUACAUACAGGUCAUCUAUCCUAUGAGGAGAAGUUGAGUAGCCGUGUAAGCGCUGCUGAGCUGAAGUUCUUCAUUGUGAUUGUCUGGAAAUGAAAUCAUUCCUUUUGUAUAGGUAUGUGUUAAGUAGAAAUCUAAUCAUCUGAUUUAGCAGAUAAGCUAUCAGAUAAUUUGCUGAUAAAACUAAGAUAAGAAAAUUUUGGUGCCAUAAUUGUAUAAAUGUUGGAUAAGUUUUUUAUUAGGACAGGUUUUAAUUAACCCU